AAAAAAUAAUAAAAUUUAAAAUGUCUUUGAUUUGUAGAAACUGUGUAGUUUUCCUUUUUCAAGUUUGGCGUUUAUGAAAAUUUUUCAUUACGUGAAUGGAGAAUAUAGCAAAUAUUGCAUCAAAAUGAGCGAUACAAGUAUACAAAUAAAAAUUUAUAAAACAGAUAAAUGUAUUUAUGAAAAUAAUAAUAAUGUAGUGCUAAAUGCAAAUAAUUUGAAUAGCUUAAUUUCUUGUUUAAAAAAUACGCAAAUUGAAAUCAAUGAUUUUUUAACUAGUCUUAUUAAAAAUCAAGAUAGUUCUAAUAAUACAGAAAAUCAGCUAGUAUCGGAAAGCGAUUCGGAUUUUGAAAACGAGAUUCAAGUUAACCCUAAGAAAUCUAAACUAACGAAUUAAAAAUUUAAUACAAAUAUUUCAUAAUUAUAAAAUUUAUAUAGUAUUUAAAUAUACAUUUUAACAUUAAAAUUCUAUAUUUUAUUAUCAUUAUGUAUUUGUGUAUUUAUAAAUAAGAAUUUGUAAUGGUUAAAAACAAUAAAUCAAAAAUAAGUGAAGAAAAUAUCGUUAAUAAUAAAAAAUAGAACAUGUCUACCAUGCUCUCAAAUGAAGCUCAACUGCGCUAUGUAAUAGAAUGGUUUCAAGAAUGGUCUGAAAUGCAAAGAAGUGAUUUUUUGGAUAUACUUCUGGAACAAUGUGGGCCUUCAGGUCUUGUUAAUGGAUUAGUAUCUAAAAUGGAAAAUUUAGGACAUACAAAUGAAUCUGAUAGACCACCAAGUCUAUUUCAAUGUCGUGUAAAAUUGUUUCGAGAAUGGAGUCAUAAUUGGUCUCAACAAGAAAAAGAUUAUUUACUUUUAUCAAUAAAAAAUACUGAUGCUGUAUUUGCAGAAAAAUAUGAUGAAAAAUUAUCAACAUUGGUAUCUGAAGAAGAAAAAUCAUAAACAAAUAUUCAAAAAUAUAUAAUAUUCUUUAUUGUGGAAUUAAUUUUUAAAAACUUCUAUUAUUCUUAGGAAUAAGAAAAUGUUUAAUAAAAAAAAUGUGUAAUUAAUAAGUAGGUUUGAUAUUUAUAUUUUGUAAAUUUUAACAAAAUGUAAUAUGUUAUACAAGAUAAUUGAAAUAUUUUAAAUUAUUCAUAAUAUAUAUUAUUUUGAUAGAAUAGAAUUUAUGAAAUUCAUAUAUACAUUCCAUUAUUAUUUCAAGAUAUCUGCUUUUUAUAUAGAUUUUUUUUCUAUUUAUUCAUAAACAAAACAUUUUUUAUUAUCAUAUUAUAUAAGCACAAUAAUUACAGAUUAUUAAAAAAGAUUUUAUUUUGAAUGUAUAUAAUAUUGUAUGCUUAUAAAAAUAGAUAUCAAACAAAUAUUAUUUAUUAUCAUAUAUGUAUUUAAUUAAAAUAAAUUUUUUUAACUUCA